UGUUAAUACACCUCAUUAAUAAACACCUAGUGUUCACAGAAAAACUUCCUGAAAGUCAUUAACUUGUCUGAGAGUCUCAGGAACACUGGACAAAGAAAUGCAACAUAAACCCAUUGGGCGGGACCUUACUCGCUCCACCCUCUUUGUUCAAAUCUCACUUUGAUUGGUUAACGUCCUUAGCUGCUGCUUUUCCAUUGGCUAAACGACCUGUCGCUCCACGAGCCUACUUGUUGGCCCUCCAGUGUUCCGCUGCGUCGGGAGGACCCACAUCAAGUCAAACAAAUCUCUUGACAGAAGAAAACUUCAUGCUGGAGUUCUGCAACAUCCCAGGAAGCCACAUGAAGUCCAAACUGAACAUGGAAAGUCUGACCAAGCCAGAGCAGCUGAUGCUUUUCAGCAUCCUGGAGGGAGAACUGGAAGCUCGAGAUGUCGUCAUCGAAGUUCUAAAGGCCCAGUGUAGAGAGCUGGUCAUCCAGGAGCGUUAUGCAUGGUACAACCUCAGCGACCCCUUCCACGCCUUGCAGAGAGACAGUGAGAUUGCUGGGGCUUGCAUGAAGGAACCUGGCCAUUCCACCCAUGCAGCCAACCCUCUGGUGAUUCUCAAACUGGUGGUGAGCCACUGCAGGAGGAUGCAGGAGAAGAUGAUGAGCCAACUGGCUGCAGCAGAGAGCAGACACAGAAGGGUUAUUGCAGACCUGGAGGAGGAGAAGAGGAGGCAUGCUGAGGACACAGCUGAGGGUGAUGAUGUCACGUGCAUACUGGAAAAGGACAGGGAGCGCCUACAACAACAGUUGGAAUUUGAGCGGAGCCACGUUCGCCGUCUGGAGAAAGAACAGCGACGGAUUACUGAGCAGCUGGAGGAGGAGCGGGCUCAGCACAAACAACUCUCCUGUGCUCUGGCCAAAGAGUGCAAGUGGGCGAGUUCACGGGCUCUGGAGGAGGGCCACCGGCUGACUGAAUUGAGCCGUAAACUUGAUAAGGAGAAAGAAGCUUCUCAGGUGUUGAGAAAAGAGCUGGAAGAGGAGCGGAGGAGAUCUCUGAGAAUGGAGGCCAGGGUGGAGGAGCAGCUGGCCGAGUUUGACACAGAGCGGGAACAGCUCCGCUCACGUUUGAAGAAGGAAGAAGCUCAUCGCUCCCAGCUGCAGCGACAGGUGGAGGAGUUGAAGAGGAAGCUGGAGGAGGGUUACACGAUAAAAGAUGACGUAACAGUAGAGGCAGCAGGAAGAGAGUGGGUGACUAAUGUCCUGCCAGGAAGCUCCUCAGUAGUUGACGCUAAGGUGGAGGACAUUGAGCAAAAUGGAGACAAUCUACCUGUUAAUGGUCACCAUUGUUCUCUGGAGACCAAUGGGCUUCAUGUACUUUCAGAGAAGGAUCUCUUACAGAAUGGAAACUCCGAUCCAACACAGCCUCGCCCUUUGCCCUGCACGUCACCAGUUCUCUCCAGGCACCCCACGGGGAGCACGAGUCCUGGGAGCCAUCCGUACCAGGCCGGGAUCAACCAGCGCUUCCACGCUGUGCGACACCGGUUCCAGGGUACCAGUGAUCCAGAACCACAGUCCCAGGCUGCACCCGCUGUUCUCUCCCUCUCACCAAACAUCGUCUCUCCUGUGAGCAGCAGCUCCUCCCCAGAGCCCAGUCCGGUCAAGCAGAUGGCUCGGAGCACUGUCACUCAGGUCCUGUCCCGUUUCACCACAGCUCACCAGAGCGCCGCAGCAAAGCUCAGCAUGCCAAAUAACUCCCCGUUUGGCACAGACUACCGCAGCCUGGCAGCACCUCUGUCUCCAGUCAUCAACAGGGCUGCGGGAAUCAUCCCCCAGGGAAUCCGGUCACCCAUCAUCAGCAGGGUGGACAGGGGCAACCCUCCACCCAUCCCUCCUAAGAAACCGGGUCUAGCCCAGCCACCGCUGACCCCAGCAGCAGGUCCCAAAUCAGCCAAUAAUUUCUCUGAAAGCUCGCUGUCAGGCAGCUGCGGCCUCAGCUCCGCCCAAGAGGGUGUCAAGGAACUGGACAUGGUAGUUUCAUCAAAUUAACUAGUCACAUGACCAUUCUAAUCUGUUGGUCCAUCUGCAGGCUUCAUAACGGAGAUUCUCCAGAAGCAGAGUGACUUCUUUAGUUAGCGACUAUGGGCGUCAAUGAUUUUUAUAAACUUUUGUCAGUUUAUAUUUUUAUUUUUUAGGCAUCAUAAAAGAAUUUACUUAUUAACUAAUGAGGUCAAACUCAGUCUGGAACCAGAACCUAAAUAUAAAUCUUCUACACUCGUUUUAGUGUAAACCUCCUUUUAUCAAUGUUCAUUUAUCCCUGAUUUAUGGCUUUUACACAUCAAAUAAUCGGAUCAGUGCUGUGUUCAUGUUGUUCUUUUGUUGUAACAUAGAGAAAUAAUCUAUCUGCUGUUGAGGUGAAACCACAUGUUUCUAAAACACUUUGUAGGCCGAAAAAUGUUUAAUAAAAAUGUAAAAAAAAUAAUGGUUUUAUUUUGUAUUUAUUUACAAUCAUAGGAUUUGUGUCACUAGCUCACAUUGAUUCAAGUAUUACACACAUGCAUGCAAGCGCACACACACACACACACACACACACACACACACACACACACACACACACAUUUAAAUAGUUAAACUCAGCUAAAUUAAUCUUUUAUUUUAAAUUCAGAUAAAAGUUGAAUAAAAGGACAUUGCACUAUCACAGAGUGUCCACUAGAUGUCAGUACUUCACAAAGCUGCACAUCAGGAUGGAAACCAAUCGAAAAUGAAUGCGAGGAUGUUUCGUCAGAUUGCUGCUUUCAUCCUAGCAGUCAGAAAACUUACCAUUAUGGUACAGAAGCAAUGGAUUACACCUAAAACAACAUGACAUCCUGUAUUUACACAGCAUUUAAAACUACCCGGAUACAACAAAUCAAGCCUGUGUUUACUUUGAUAUUUGAGGAAUUAUAUUUUUAAUUUCAUGGAUUUUUAAUCAGUUGUAGUCUUUUAUGUUUGUGAGUGAAAAAAACUUUUAUAAUUUUUCUUUCAAAUUUUUAUACACAACACACACACUUGCUGACGUGGUUUUUCUGAAACAGAAUUGGCCCUCCUGGCUGCUGAGGAAGGGUUAGCUGGUUAACGGCAUGGGUCACUUCUCUUUCAUUCACUUCACCUAAUUAACAUUCCUGUAAAAUAAAUAAAUAAACUGCUGCAUCCUGGACCUGCCCGGCCCUCCAACAAGCCUUACGUCCUCAGACUCAGGUAGAUGUACACUUUCAGUGUCUAAAUAGCAGGUUUUGUGCUAAAGUCACAAAAUCACAACAUUCCCUAUAGGUUAUAAAUUGAGUCGCUUUGGAUAAAAGCAUCUGCUAAAUGAAUAAACAUAAUAAACGUAAAGUAUUUAAAUUCAAACUAAGCAGCCCCCAUCACCACAGAAACGCCGCUCAGGCCCCCAGCGUUGCCCCUUA